UCCGGUGUUAAACUAGGGACAAUGAUGGGUGUUUUUCUGCCAUGUUUGCAGAACAUCUUGGGAAUUAUUUAUUAUAUCCGAUUUUCUUGGAUUGUUGGUAUGGCAGGCAUAGGGGAGUCGCUGAUUUUGGUUGCCUUCUGUAACUUGUGCACUUUCCUGACUGGACUAUCCUUAAGUGCCAUCGCAACUAAUGGUGCAAUGAAGGGUGGUGGACCAUAUUAUCUUAUUGGUCGAGCCCUUGGUCCAGAGGUUGGAGUUAGCAUUGGGUUAUGCUUCUUUCUUGGGAAUGCUGUCGCUGGAGCUCUAUACGUCUUGGGAGCAGUAGAGACCUUCCUAGAUGCUGUGCCAGGUGCUGGAAUAUUUAGAGUGACUAAUGCUGCAGGAGUCUCAACUCCUAGCAUACAUGACCUGCAAAUUUAUGGAAUUGUUGUGACCAUUGGCCUAUCAUUUAUCGUAUUUGGUGGUGUCAAAAUGAUCAAUCGGGUCGCACCGGCUUUCCUUGUACCUGUUCUGUUUUCGUUGUCAUGCAUAUUCAUUGGGAUCUUUGCAGCGAGGAAGGAUCAUCCUUCAUCUGGAGUCACAGGCUUGAGCCUGACAACAUUCAAAGAUAAUUGGAGUUCUGAUUACCAACGAACUGACAGCGCUGGGAUACCUGAUCCUGAAGGAAAAUAUUACUGGAACUUCAAUGCUUUGGUGGGUCUCUUUUUCCCUGCUGUAACGGGAAUUAUGGCAGGUUCAAAUCGCUCUGCAUCACUAAAGGACACACAGCGUUCGAUACCUGUUGGAACAUUGGCUGCGACUCUCACAACUGCUUUUCUGUAUCUGAUUACUGUGUUAUUUUUUGGAGCUAUUGCAACCAGAAAGAAGCUUUUGACGGACAGGCUACUUACAGCUACAGUGGCUUGGCCCUUUCCUGCAAUCACUUAUGUCGGGAUUAUCCUCUCCACUCUAGGUGCAGCUCUUCAAAAUUUGACAGGGGCUCCACGGUUGCUUGCAGCAGUUGCCAAUGAUGACAUUCUCCCAGUUCUUAACUACUUCAAGGUUGCGGAGGGGGAUGAGCCCCAUGUUGCUACCCUCUUUACAGCCUUCAUCUGUUGUGGAUGUGUCGUGAUUGGGAAUCUGGAUCUUAUCACACCGACUGUUACAAUGUUUUUCCUUCUAUGUUACGCUGGUGUCAACUUAUCUUGCUUCCUUCUUGACCUUCUAGAUGCUCCAAGUUGGCGUCCUCGGUGGAAAUUUCACCACUGGAGCCUCUCUCUUCUCGGAGCAUCACUUUGUAUAGUGAUCAUGUUCUUGAUCUCGUGGUCAUUCACAGUGGUGUCUCUUGCCCUUGCCAGCCUUAUAUAUUAUUAUGUGUGCUUAAAGGGGAAGGCAGGGGACUGGGGUGAUGGUUUCAAGAGUGCAUAUUUCCAAUUAGCCCUUCGCAGUCUCCGGUCAUUGGGAGCUGACCAAGUUCACCCGAAGAACUGGUAUCCAAUCCCUCUCAUAUUCUGUAGGCCAUGGGGGAAGCUUCCAGAUAAUGUCCCCUGCCAUCCAAAGCUUGCUGACUUUGCUAAUUGUAUGAAAAAGAAAGGGCGAGGUAUGUCUAUCUUUGUCGCGAUUCAUGAUGGGGAUUACCAUGAGUGUGCUGAGGAUGCCAAGGCUGCCUGUCGGCAGCUUAGCACCUAUAUUGAGUAUAAACGCUGUGAGGGUGUAGCAGAGAUUGUGGUUGCCCCCAGCAUCUCUGAUGGUUUCCGUGGGAUUGUCCAGACCAUGGGCCUUGGCAACCUCAAGCCCAAUAUUGUGGUGAUGAGAUAUCCAGAGAUAUGGCGUCGGGAGAAUCUAACUCAGAUCCCAGCCACCUUUGUCAGCAUCAUCAAUGACUGCAUUAUUGCCAAUAAGGCAGUUGUUAUUGUCAAGGGGCUUGAUGAGUGGCCCAAUGAGUACCAGAGACAGUAUGGUACCAUUGACUUGUACUGGAUUGUAAGGGAUGGUGGUCUCAUGUUGCUUCUCUCUCAGCUUCUGCUUACAAAGGAGAGCUUUGAAAGCUGCAAGAUUCAGGUCUUCUGCAUUGCUGAGGAGGAUGCAGAUGCAGAGGAGCUCAAGGCUGAUGUCAAGAAGUUCCUAUAUGAUCUCCGGAUGCAGGCUGAGGUGAUAGUCAUUACAAUGAAGUCAUGGGAGGCCCAUGUAGAGGAUGGUGCACGGCAAGAUGAUUCAAUGGAGGGAUUCACUGGGGCCCAGAAACGAAUAGCAGCCUACUUAGGAGAGAUGAAGGAGAAGGCUCAGACGGAAGGGACUCCUCUGAUGGCUGAUGGGAAGGCUGUUGUUGUUAAUGAGCAGCAGGUAGAGAAAUUCCUUUACACUACUUUGAAGCUGAAUUCAACAAUACUAAGAUACUCAAGGAUGGCAGCGGUGGUUUUUGUGAGCCUUCCCCCACCUCCAUUGAAUCACCCUGCUUACUUUUACAUGGAGUACAUGGAUCUGUUGGUACAUAAUGUACCGAGGCUGUUGAUAGUAAGGGGAUACCGUAGAGAUGUUGUAACCCUCUUCACAUAGCAGCAGGAAUAUUUCAAUUUCUUUUCCUUUUUUGGCCUUCUUGCUGUAUUUCCUUUUCUUCUUGUUCAUAUAUUUUUUUAUUCUUUUUGAAAAUUUUUGUAGUUCAUAUGUUUAAUUCAUUCUUUUUUUCCCCUCUUCUCUUGCUGAGCUGUUGUCUUCAUCUUUGUCCACAUACCCUAACAUUUUUGUAAGUCAUUUGUUUAUUUGUUCAAAUGUAGUCCUUUUUGCUCUUCA